AUGGGAGACUCAAAUUCAAUAGAAAGGUACCAAAAUCUAAACCUAAAAGAAGCCCUUUCUAAAUCUCAUCAAUAUCAAUUAGCAUGUAGAGAACUAGGCUUAAUUCUCCGAAACGCAUAUUCCAAAAUUCCCAAAGCGCUCCAAUCCCUAAUUUUCCAAGAUACCCUCUUCGCGUUCCGCCUCCUCCCCGAAAUGCAAACACAGGCUGUCGCUUCAGCAGCUAAUUUUCUUCUGCAGAGCGCAGAGGCUGUUUUACCUAAGCAAAAAAGAGGUUUGGCAGUCACAGAAUACAAGCAUGCUGUUGUGGCAUACAAAAGGAGGCCCAAAUGGCAGCAGGACGGAGAGGGUUUAACUUCACUUCCACAGGAUGUUCUUGUACAUAUCUUUAGUUUCUUAAACUUUCAGUCUUUGGUUUCUGCUGCAGCAGUCUGCCGGUUAUGGAAUGCAGCAGCAAAUGACAACCAUUUGUGGCAGUUGUUACAUGUUAUUUUCUUUGGGAAUUCUGAAAAUUUCUCAAUUCAUAAUGCUCGUAGCAGUCGUGCAAUCAUCAAGAAUAAAGAAAAUAAGCAUACAGAAGAGGAUGUUUUUAUUGGGAAUAAUAUUGACUGGAGAGAGACUUUUAAAAGAGCAUACAAAGCUGCUUCCAAGAAAUUCAAAUCUUAUAGAGGGUACUGUAGGAAUUGCUGUUCUGUAGUUUGGCUUAGCAGUGGCAAGUGUUCAAAUGAGCACUCCGUGAUGGGUAGUAGUGAACAUCGAGUCGAGCCUCUUUCAACAGAACAGAUUGUUGAGUAUGUCUUAGGCGAGUCUGUGCCAUCGGAUUCUUCUUCAGAUAGUGACAGUGACUCCAACGACGGGUCCAUCUCCAAGCUGUGGGCAUAUCCUAGGCAGAUUUGCUGA